AUGCUAGCUCGACCAAGACCAACACUUUCACGCACAGGUGAAAGAAGCCCUGUAAGUAGACAAGGGCAAACAAAGCCGUGUUUUUCACAUCUGAUCGCCUACUGAAGCUUCCUCCCCGUGUAACGUUCCUCGACCUUCCGCAACAUGUCCGGGAUCAAAUCUACGAAGAGGUGGGCUAUGGGGGCAACAAGUUCAUCGACCUUAACUUGUGGUCCAUCAGCGAGCUUUAUUACAGGGGCUCGUAUGACAGCAACCCAUCAUUUUCCGCUCCGCUCCUGUGGGCCGGUUCCCACCUAAUCCAUGAUGAAGUCGAGAGCAAGCUAUACGCUGAGAACAUCUUUGCAGUAAGCCUGAUAGGCGACCGAGGUCUGCAAUCAUUGGAAAUGAUGAGCGAUACGGCGCUUAGAGAGCUGAGGACUCUCAUUGUAAGCUUGCUCCCAUGUCGCUACCGCUCCGAGGCAGCUUUCUUCAGAGAGCACAUCGGAUCUUUGGAUCACUUCGGAUCUUUGGAUCAGCAGAAAGAGGAUUUAGCAUCUUUCUGGCUUGGAGUUGAUUGUAAACUCUCUCCGCACGGUCCCCACCCCCGGUUUUCGGACAUCAGCCUGGCUGAUAAGUCGAUUCUUGUUCAAUGGAAACGAAUAUGUGCCCGUCUGGCCGCGAACUCACCCCCACAUCAGCUCAGUCUCUCUCUCGUUGCUGACGUUGAUGACGUGGAGACAGCAAAGGCCAUCCUUGACCCAUUGAACGGCAUGCCUCCGCUCAGAGACGUGGCUGUUAAUCUUGGCCAUCGUCUCAAGCGUAUCAAGGGCUUUGAUUCUAGGUCAUUUAUACGAAACGCUGCAAAGGGCUUGCUGGGUGAAAAUGAAAAUAUGGAGAAACUGCCGUUCCGUUUUAUGAGCCUGCCGCUAGAGCUUCAGAUCCAGAUCCUGCAACAAACCCAUUUGCUAGCUGGCGAAAACGUUCACUUCAGGCGAGAUUGGGUUUUCCGCUCUAGCGACCUCGACAGAAUCUGCAAUAAUGAGCGGCUCCACCCUAGAGAUGGCGAGGGCCGUCUUUCGGCCAUGGCUGGUGCAGAGAGCUUCUGCCGUAGACGUAAUCCUGACGCCUUCACUCAGCAUUGCGAGUGCAAUAGUUUCCGGCCAGACACAUACUUCAAAGUGAGCAAGGAGUUUUCUUACAUCGCACGACACGUGUUCUAUUCCAGCAACAAGCUUUGUUUCCAUUCCCCCCCUAUCCGCGGAAUGGGACGCGAAUACGGAUAUCAUCUCACGCUACCCCAUUUCCUCCGCCGCAUUCCGCUUGAAAGCCUAUGGAGCCUUCGAAGUCUCUGCUUCAUCUUCCCAAUUUGCUCUCCGGACUACCUAUUGCCAGAUCAUGUCGAUUGGCACGCGUGGGUUGAGUCCAUCGAGCGUCUCUCUCGUCUGGCAGACCUAUCACGCCUGAAGCUUGAGGUUCACUUCAGUGGCAGCCCUGGGCCCAGGCCAGAUGGGACAGAGUUAUUCGAACAUUAUCCUUAUGGUCAGUACCAAUUGGUUAUAUAUCGCAAUAGUCGCUUGAGGCGGCGCAAGGAUGA